AUGAGUGUCGAGUAUGCUAGCCAGACCAAGGGACCCAAGAUCCUCGGGGUGUUCUGGGCCUUUUUCUCCGUGAGCGCGGCCACGGUGUCCGCCCGGCUGUACAUUCGAUCGCAGAUGCUGAAAAACGUUGGACUGGACGACUAUAUCAUUGCAGUUGCGAUACUCAUCCUCGCGGGCUAUACAACCUUGACCACCGCCGUCGUGGCCCUGGGAUACGGCAAGCACACAACCGUCAUUAUUGAACUAGGAGGCAUGGAUCGACUCGAGCAGGUGCUGCUACUCAACUACAUCAAUUUUGCGCUGGGCAUCAUGUCAUUUGCCACUCCCAAAUUGGCUAUCGCCGCACCGUUGAACCGCAUCUUGAACCCCGGGCGCUUCCACCAGGUCUUCCUGUGGGUGUUGACGGGGAUGGUCUUCGUGACAUCCGGUAUCUGCAUCAUCGUUCUCUUCACCAUGUGCGACCCGCCGCAAGCUCUAUGGAAGACGGAGCUGUUGGCCCUAGGUGCAACGUGCCGACCGCAAGUCGUGCUGGUAGACUAUGCCAUCUUCACGGGAGUUGUCUCAGCCUGUGUCGACCUCUAUCUGGCGGUGUAUCCCACCGUCGUUCUCUCGUCGCUGCAAAUGACGCUCAAAAAGAAGAUUGCUCUGUGUGCGGCGCUGGGAUUCGGCGCAAUUGCGUGUGCAAUGGCUAUCGUCAAGUGUAACCAGCUCCCUGGACUGUAUGACACCACGGACUCGACGUAUGCCACCGCCGACCUUGUCAUCUGGACCAGCAUCGAAUCCAACGUAAUUAUCAUGGCCUCGUGCAUCCCGACCCUGGGCCCACUCUACGAGAUGAUCCGUGGCCGACGCUCGUGGAGCUCCUACCAGCGAUACUACAAAAACCACGAGAUCGAGCUCGCCACGUCGCACAACCGCCCGUUCCGAAAGCCGAUGAACUACAUGCUCACGCACGAUGAUCUGCUGACGACCAACAUCGGGACUCUGAAGAACGGGAGCGAGGACAACAUCCUCCCAACGGGGCAGAUGGGCCAUCAGGAGUAUGCAAUGGGUCAAAUCCACCGGACACAUAAAGUGGUGGUUGAGUAUGAAAAGGCGUCAACAGACACAGAAACAGCAGUCCACGCAGUCAGCAGCCUAGCUUGA